GUGUGAGAGAUCCGGUGAGAGAUCCAGAGCGAGAUACUGAGAGAGAUCUAGAGCAAGAUCCGGUGAGAGAUCAGCAGUGUGAGCUCCAGUGCGAGAUCCGGUGAGAGAUCCGGCGAGAGAUCAGGAGUGUGAACUCCAGCGAGAUCCUGAGUGAGAUCCGGUGAGAGAUCUAGAGCGAAAUCCGGUGGUGCGGCGUCGCGCCCGAUAGCCGGUCGUCGCUCGACGCCAUCGUCGUCUUUGACCUUCGUCCGACCGUGAACGCUUGUCUGCGUCCUUUCCGGGGUGCGGGUCGUCGCGAUGGCCUUCCCGCUGCACAAGGCGGCAUUCGAGGGGGACCUCAGGAAUAUCGUGCAGCUCGCGGAGGUGGAGAGGAAGACAGGGGAGACACUGCCGCUACUCAACAAUUCGCAGAACACGCCGCUGCACUCGGCCGCCAGGAGCGGGAAUGCGGACGUGAUCACAUGGUUCCUUAAGUCGUAUGAUAGAAUCGACCCGUACCAGAAGAAUGUUCAGAAGGAGACGUGCGCCCACAUCGCAGCGACCUAUGGUCACAUUGACGCCCUGAAGGUUAUCAUCGUCUACGUAGAACACAGGGAGCGGUUGAACACUCCGGAGAAUGCUAUCUCGUACGAGCCAGACGCCUAUGGCAACAGCAUUCUUCACCGAGCUAUUAUGGGAAAGCAGACAGAGGUUGCAGCGUGGAUCAUCGGUCAAUACUCAAACGAGAUGUUGUGGUUGAAGAACACAGAUGGCGCCACUGCUCUUCACGUAGCUGCUGGAAUCGGAGAUGUUUCCAUUGUGAAGCAGAUUACCACACAGACAAAAGAGCUCACCAGUUCCAAGGAUCACCAAGCUGCUACGCCCGUGUUCUAUGCCGCCUCCUAUGGCAAGCUGGACUGCGUGCAGUACCUCGCCGAGAACGGACUGACGGGCGUCGAGACGACGAACAUCAAGGGAGAGAACCCGCUGCACGUAGCCGCGCAAGGUGGUCACAUUCGGACGGUGGAAUAUCUGGAGACGAAGAUGAAAUCUGGCUGCUGGCUAAAGCAGACGAGAUCUGGCGCCACACCUCUUCACCUUGCUGCGGCGACGAAUCAGGACGUCGUCGUCGAUCAUUGUCUGCAGAGGAAGGACGCGGCGAAGGUCAAGAACGCCGUCGACAAGAACCAGAACAGCGCGAGCCACGUCGCAGCUGAGCUGGAGAGCCUCGAGAGCUUCCGGCUCCUCGUCCUGUCCGGCGCAGUGAUAGCGAAGAAGAACAAGGCAAGGACAAGGCAUUCGUUCUUAUAAGAUAAGAUAUUCGCUCUUAAGGUCUUCUCUUAAGGUCCGAUCUUUAAUGUAAGGUUCGAUAAGAGCUUCAGGCUGCUCGUCCUGUCCGGCGCAGUGAUAGCGAAGAAGAACAAGGCAAGGAC